CCAGAACAAGACUCAAGAGCAAUUUUUGUUGACAAAACGUCUGAAACAAAGGUAAAAGUUAAGAAAUUGUAGUUGCCGAUAUCUCGUCAUAAUGCCUAACAUGGGAGGUUCUGCUAAAUGUGGAAAAUGUGGAAAGUCUGUGUACUUUGCCGAAGAAAUGGUGGUUGCCGGGAAGAAAUGGCACAAGAUGUGUGUCAAAUGUGAGGACUGCAACAAGAUGUUGGAUUCAUUCACCGUGAAGGACCACGAGGGCGUGCUCUACUGCUCAGGCUGCCACGGCAAGAAUUUUGGUCUCAAGGGCUACGGCUAUGGCGGUGGAGCUGGUGUACUCAGCACUGGUGGCGCUGUUGGGAGUAAGCCAACAAGUGAGACGGCCUAUCAGCCGGCUGGCAAAGGAGCAGCAGGUGGAUCCAGAUUUGGUGGUGCAGACAAGUGUCCUCGCUGUUCUAAAUCAGUGUAUGCUGCUGAAAAGAUUAUUGGUGCUGGCCAGUCGUGGCAUAAAGGCUGUUUCAACUGCAUCACAUGCAACAAAAAACUGGACUCCACUACCAUGUGCGAUAAAGAGGGCGAGAUCUACUGCAAGUCUUGUUACGGCAAGAAGUUCGGGCCCAAGGGUUAUGGAUUUGGUGGUGGUGCUGGUACCCUUGUUAACACCGAGUAAAGCUGCCACUGCUUACCAGUGAUCAUGAUUUAUCGACGGUAAUCUUUGCAAGUUUAUAUACUGCUUGGCAUUUACAGUGUAGGGCUACACCCAUAUUUUUUGGCUUUGGCUGGUAUUAAUGUGUGUCUGUAGACAUGUGCAGCACCUUGUAAACCCUUAUAAGCAUGGGCGUCGCGAGGGGGGGGGGGCA